AAACAAGAUGCUGCCCGUGGCAAGAUGGUCACUACGACCGCCACGCCGGCAAAUUCAGGCAAUAGCAUUGCGCAAACGUCCAACAACAGCGCCACGCGGGUAUCUUUUAAACCCUCAAAGACAACAGGCUUUGUCGACCCAGCCAGGGAAAGACAAUGACCCAUCUGGCACGAACAAGAAUGAGGCCUCCAGAGUAGAAGCUGUUUCAAACGCCCUCGCACAAACCCCAGACGCGGAAAACAACCUCGUCACGCCGGUAUAUAUGCCCGAAGAUCCAAACGCCGUCCUCAAAGAGACCCAUCCGGCGAUGCGAUUGCUCGACAAUUCGGCAAUUGUGGUACAGCGACAGUUGGAGAUGAUGAAUGUGCUCAUGGGCUUCGAGCAGGCCAAUCGAUACGUUAUUAUGGAUCCACACGGCAAUCAUAUUGGAUACCUGGCGGAGCGGGAUCAUGGCAUAAGCAGCACGGUAGCGCGACAAAUGUUCAAAACCCAUAGGAGCUUUACAACUCAUGUUUUUGAUAAGGAAGAGAGGGAGAUUCUGAGGUUUCAUCGACCAUUCAGUUGGAUCAAUUCUCGAAUCCGUGUGUAUGAUGCCAUCGCGCAUAAUAAUGGCAGCGCAUAUACACCAUCCUCAGCCUUACAAGGGACCAGUGUAGGCAGCAUGGUCAAUCAAACAAGUGCAAGUGUCUCCAGCUUGCCUAUGACUGAUAUGAGGAUCAUUGGAUCGGCAGAGCAAGAAUGGGCGCCGUUGCGACGAAAGUACAAUUUGUUUCUUGCGCGACAUCUGCAAGAUGCUGCACCAGGAAUGCCCCAGCUGACGUCCGGCGACCUGCCAAUAUCGGAAUCCAAAGCGGUUGUGUUAGCUGAGGACGACAAGAGAGAGGUUGGCAUGGUUCAAUUCGCACGCGUUGACGAGCCAUUUUUGUCGUGGGAUUUCGGCCUGAAGUCGGAAGAUGACCAUCUUAUCGGCUCGGUGAAUCGUAACUUUGGGGGAUUUGCUCGCGAGAUUUUUACAGACACCGGCGUGUAUGCCCUCAGAAUGGACGCUGCUGGCACACAGGAAGGCGAGCGUGUUUCUGGAAUGACCCUAGACCAACGUGCUGUUAUGCUUACAACUGCUGUCAGCAUCGACUUCGAUUAUUUUAGCCGUCACAGCUCUGGAGGAGGAUUAUGGCCAAUGUGGAUGCCUUGGAUGGGUGGUGGCACAGAAGCCGCAGGAGGAGCAGCAGCUGGCGAAGCCGCCGGAGCUGGUGCUAUGGGUGGUGCGACUGAGACUGGCAUCGCCGGUGGAGUAGGAGCUGCCGGACGAGGCGUGAGUAGUAGUGAAGCUGUCGGUUCCACGGUCACUGGUGCCGGCACCAUGGCUGGCUACGAGGCAAUGAAAGGAGCUAGAGGAGGCAAUCAGGAGGUUGAUACUCAAUCCCCCCAAGCAGCUGAACCAUUCACUCCGGAUCAGCAAGCGGGCAGCCAAGACACGGGUGAUAUCUGGAAUGAAGGUUCUGAUCCGUGGGCAGAUCAAUCUAGUGAAGAUGUCUGGGGUGGAGAUCAAAGUGGAAGCAGUGAGGGGGGAGGUUCGUCGGGCGGUGAAGGAGGUGGCUCUAGCUUUUGGGAUCUUUUCUCUGAUGACUGA